AUGCAGCAGCUUCGUCGCUUGAAUUUCUUCGACAGUCUGCUCGUGCAGCGUCCUUCGCAGGAGUCGAAAAAGGACUUCAGACCUCCGUCCUCUUCAGCUUUCUCUCACCCUCAAUUGCAGCCCCAUGGAGCGACGGCACAGCCUACAGGUCCUCCUCCCCUGUUGCCGCCAGACGUUGUCUGUGCAGCAGGGACGCCUUCUCAGCUCUGGAUAGGCGACGCUCGAGGUCGCGCUCACAUCUUCACUGACGAAAGAUUUCUCUCGCCCAUUGAAAUUCCGGUCUUCUCUCGCGGAUUCCUCUCCAUGCAUGCAGCUGCAGACGCCCACUGCAUUGUCUGUGUGGGUCGCGACAGCGUGGAGCCGGGCGCCUCUGCGUCUUCUCUGCCGCCGCGUACUGGGCAGCCGGCCUCUUCUGCGCAUGCAGCGGAACGCGCGGUCUGGAAGUACAAGUCCUUCAGCACCCUCCAAGUUGACGCUCGUGGGCUCCCUGUGCUGCUCAGAGAGGCUACGCUCUUUGCCCGGGUCCCGGAGCAGGUGCUCACAUGCAGCGACAUCAACGGACCUUUCACGAUGCUCGCGGGUGGAACCGAAGCUGCAGGCGUCUGCCUCUUUCGCGGUGACCUUCUAAGGGAGAGGACUUGUCGGCUUCGAUUCAUCAAAGAGAACGACCUUCCUGUGACAGCCGUCCGCUUCCUCGCGCCCUCAGCGAGCCGAGUUUCUGAGGAGAACGAGGACAGGAGAUUUCACCUCCUUGUGGCGACUCCCCAAGGCAUCGCAGUGCAUGCAGUCCCAGGAAAGGGAGAGCCUGAGGUGACGUACAGGGAUGACUUGGCUGGCCUGCCUUCCCCGCUUCUGACGGCCCAGCUGCUUUCGCCUAACCAAGCGGCUGUCCAGCAGGGUGAAGGCAUUUUCUGUCUCGACGCCCGAGCAGGGAAUCUCUGGGCGCUGCCGGUCGACGGCUGCUGCAUGCAAUUGGCGUCGCACAAACACUACUUGAUUUCUGUCUCAGCGUCAGCGGAGGAAACCUGUUCAGGUUCUCCGGUUUCUGCUCCCUCUCAGGAAUGUUUUCUGACGAUUUUUCGUGCAAAUCCCGACACCCGAUUUGUCGCCUUCUGCUGCUCUUUUCCACGCGUCGCCCACAUCGUGUCUGCCCUAGACUCCCUCUACGUCAUUUGUCGCGACGACAGCGGGGGAAGCAUCCUCUUUGAGUUGCGCGAGAAGGGCAUUGGUGAUCGCCUCAACAUUCUUCUUCGGAAGAGACUCUUCGACUGGGCCGCGGACAUCGUCAUCCAGGAGGGGCAGCCAAAGUCGACGCUCCAGGAGGUGUAUCGCGUCCACGCAGAUUGGCUUUACGAGAAGCGCGCCUUAGACAAAGCCUUGCGAAUGUACAUCAAGACGAUCGGUGCCCUCGAGCCAUCCUACGUGAUUGAGAAGUUCCUCCACUGCCAGCGGCUCUGGCUCCUCGCGCUGUACCUCCUUCAUUUGCACCGCUGCGGGAGAGCUUCUCAGCAACACACUCUUCUGUUCUUCAAGUGCGCAGCCAAGCUGAAGGACGAAAACCUUUUCUCCGCUUUCCUCGAUGACCCGUCUAUAAGCCGAGACGCCAUUCUCCCCGCCGCGAUCCAAGAGUGUCGCGCGAACGGCUACCUGAAACUCGCGAGUCUCAUCGCGCGCCGCCAUGGCCACCACGAUGAGUAUGUCUCCAUCUUUCUCACAGACUGUCGAAAUUUCGAUGAAGCUGUGGCCUACAUGAAGGGACUGGACGCGCCAUCAGUUUGCUCCCUGCUGCUGACUCACGGAUACACUCUGUUGUCUCAUAAGCCGCGAGAGACUCUCGCUCUGAUAAAAAACAUCAUUUUCAACUAUCAGACCAGCGCGGAUAUCUUUAUUCCACUGUUUGUGGACAACGAAGCUUUGCUGCUCUACUUCUUCCUCUCCCUCUUGUACGGCGAGAGCUACGCGCGAGACUUUUUGAAGACGCAGAAGCAGUUUCUUUCGAGCCCAGAGAAGCAGGCUCUUUUGAACGCCUCCACAUCUUCUUCGAUUUGUGCAUUUUCGGCUCUUCCGCCUGCUGAGCAAUUCGCUGCAUUGUACGACACUUUGGAGGACGCCGAGCGCGAGGGGGACGAGAAAAACCGGAAAGGAAAUCGCGAGAAGGGAGAGCGAGAAAGGAGAGAAGAGAAACGAGAAGAUCCAGAGAAAGGAGACAACUUGGAGACGCUCUCUCCUCACCUCUUUGGCAGCGUCUCCUUUGCGACUUUUCUCGAACUCCUUCUCCGCUUCCAUAAGAAAGCGCAUGCACCCGUCGACCAGCCGCGUGAGGCCGCAAGCUCGGCGAGUCCUGAGAGGGAAGUUGUGGGGCGCCCGAGAGACGAAGCGACUUGUGUCCGCAGAGACAGCGCUCUCGAGGGCAGCGCGAAAAGAGGGACAGGUGACGCAGUUGCGGAGACGGAAGCGAGACAAGAGGAGACUCGGAGGGAACGUGCAAAACAGAAACGAAGCUCUGCUGAGGCUCGUCAGUACGCCACUGCGAUCAUGAAAUCCCUCAAAGAGAGGUCCAUGGGCGAAGAUGAACUUUUUACGUCCACACUGCUGACAACAAUUUACGAUUUUGAGGAAGGCCUGGAGCACGUGUGUGAGAAGCAAGAAAACUUCCAGCUUGCUCUGAGUCACUUUGCUGAAGAGGACGAUGUCGCGCUCCUCUGGAAGUUCUGUCUUGCCAAUACGUCGAAAAAUCCCGCACUCUGGAUUCAAGCGCUCGCCUUCCUUGCCUCCCGCGACAAUACAGAGACGCAAAUCCAGCAGAUCCUCGCACAGAUUGAGGCCCACCGGUUGUUUCCUCCCCUCGCCGUGCUGGACAUUCUCCAGCAGGGGUCGCGAGUAACUCUUCGCGCUGUGAAGGGGUAUCUGAUUCACUGCCUGGACAAACUGUCUCGGGAAUUCGAAAUCUCCUCCUCGCACUACCAGCAAGACGAGGCCGAGGUCGAGAGCAUGAAGAAAGAAGUCCAGCGCCUCCAGACAAGUGGACAGAUUUUCGACCGAACGCGCUGCGACGCAUGCGGCAACGCGCUCGACCUCCCUUCAGUCCACUUUGCCUGCUGCCACUCUUUCCACCUCGUCUGUCUGGCCUCGGGGGAGACAGAUCCAAGUUCGGCGAGAGAAAUGGUCCCGGGUACCGUGGUGGGCCCAGGAAAGGCGCCAGAGUACAGCUGCCCUGUCUGUACACCGCAGGCUGAUGCGAAGCGGCUUCUGCUCGCCCAGAGAGAGGCUGACAGCGGGCGUGCCGACGACUUCUUCAAGUUUCUUCGUGGCUCUACGGACGGUUUUUCGUUCAUCGCCUCGUACUUCGGCAAAGCUAUGUUUCCGACUCUGCCGGCAGACCUGUCAGGGGCCUACGCGUCUCCUCUGGCCUCAUCGAAUUCCUACGAACCUAGGCAAAGUCCCGCCUUCUCAAGUUCGCCUUUUUCUGGGCGACCUGGCGGGCCUCGGGGCCAAGAGGCCCCCUGGACCCCAGCGGGGAGCGGGCGCCUGGCAGACGACGGGAUGAGGCAGUGGAACGCCCUUUCGCGGUCAAGUGGACAGAGCCGUGGAGGCGCGACUGGCGGCGCUGGAGGCAGCAGUAGGGCCGCACGGGGAGCGUCGAAUCCCUUUGGGGUCUACGAAGACGGCGGGAAGUGUGUGGAGAGGGGACCGGGAGAUCUGGGGUACAACCCGUUUCAGGCGUAGACUCAGGCCAUGCACUAUACGGGAACAACUGAUUCGCGACCCUCUGCUGCAAGUAUUUUCACAGCUUGUAAACGACUGUUGGCUUUUCGAAUAGACACUGGGUACCACUACACUUGGUGCACUGUAGGUUUGAGACCUCUCGUUGGGUUCCAAACGCCGGCCUCCAGUCGCCGGGACGAAGAGACAGCAAGGCGCUGCAGAGGACCACUAGGGGGGUCGCGGGAUGAGUCGAGUGACCCCGGAGGGAUGCGCUUGUAUCUCGCCCGUGCUCACGUUUCGUCGAGAAAAAGCGGUGGGAUCAACACCACCGACACGGGGCAACAGCGGGAGAAAAGCAUUUGUGCUUUGAGGUGUAACUACACCACACGAAGGAGUCGUCCUUAGUGUCACCUCGUCUCACUGGACGACACGAGCGGAGGUGCAGCAGAAGCCGUUGCAUCCCAGUUCCCUCUGUACACUCAAGUUUUCAAUUUUUUGUUUGCUGCAGUUCCUGAAGUUGACACCAGACAUCAAGGUCGUCGGACCUCU